GAUCACAGAAGGUGCAGGGUUCUCAGACAGCGAUGAGGCAGGCGGUCCGCAUCCCACCUUGCUGUUUCAGUUUCCGCCUCAGGUGUGUGGUUGGUUGUUGAGCCUGCGCUCUUCGGAGUGGACACUGAUGGGAGCGUGUGAUUGUGAACGCCUGGUCUCUGCUCUCCGGCUAGCCUUAUUCCGAUUUUUUCGUAUUGCGAUGUGAUGUGAUUAGAGGUGAGAAUCCCAAACAGCAUAACGCGGCGUGGCAAAUCAGCUCUCUGUAGGCUGUAGCUAGUCCAAGGAUCAAUUGUAAGUUUCGUCUCCUUCGUGGGCUCUCGGGCCUCGGCGCCCAGAAUCUUAUUUGGGCCUUGCAUGCGAUACGCACCAUUUUCGUUUAGCGGCGGAUGCCGCGCCAAUGGCUGGAGCGACGGAGCGGCAUCAAGCGACGCGGUCUCGUUGGAGUGGACGAGCAGAGGCACGCUUGGAGCCUUGGAGGAGGAGAGCUGCAAGGCAGCAGAGGGGGUGCGCGUCCAUUCUUAGCAAACCAUCUUCCCAUUCCUCCUCUCCCUCCAGGCGCCGAAACCGGGGGAGGCCCAAAGGAUGAGCACCGAUUGAGGAUCGCCGACCCGACCCAUGGAGCAGCUCCGCCAGGUGGGCGAGGCCCUCGGCGGCGUCCACGCGCUCAUGGCCUUCGCCGACGACCUCCGCAUCAACCCGCGCCAGUGCCGCCUCCUCGCCGACGCCUGCGCGCUCGCCUUCGCCGCCGUCGCCGCCGAGGUGCGCGCCCACCUCCGCUUCCACGAGCGCCUGGCCAAGUGGAAGCCGCUGGAGGCCCCGCUGCGGGAGCUCCACCGCGCCGUCCGCGACGCCGAGGGCUACGUCCGCCACUGCCUCGAGCCGCGCGACAGCUGGUGGGCGCGCGCUGCCGCGCUCACGCACGGCGCCGACUGCGUCGAGCAGCACCUGCACAGCCUGCUCUGGAGCGUCGCCGUCGUGAUGGAGGCCGUCGAGGCCGUCUCAGAGGUGACCGGGUCCGACCCGGACGAGCUCGCCCGGAGGCGGCUGCUGUUCGCCAAGGACUACGACAGGGACAUGCUCGAGCCCAGGCUGUUCCGGCAGAGGCUCGGCGGGCGGUACCUGGCCACGCGCGAGCUCGCCGCCAGGAUGGACGCGGCGUGGAAGGAGGACAGGUGGCACCUGUCACAGCUCCUCGAGGAACGGAAGAGCCCGGCUUCGCCGGAGCCGUUGACGCGGAACGAGCACCGGCUCGCCGAUCUCCUGACCUCGCCGCGGGGGAAGGUGCACCCGGCGUCCCUGCUCCUGCACGGCGACUUCCACGUGCGGAGGCGCCUCGCGGGCAACCUCAAGGAGGUGCAGUGGAUGGGGGAGGCCUUCGCGGUGAAGCACUUCGUCGGCGCCGACGCCGACGCCGUGAGCGCCGAGGUCGCGCUGCUAACGUUGGUGGCGCACCCGAACGUGGCGUACUGCCGGUACUGCUUCCACGACGAGGACAAGAGGGAGUUCUUCCUCCUUAUGGAUGAGCUCAUGACCAAGGACCUGGCCUCCCACGUCAAGGAGGUGAACAGCGCCAAGCGGCGGAUACCCUUGCCGCCCGUGGUCGUCGUCGACGCCAUGCUGCAGAUUGCGCGCGGCAUGGAGUACCUGCACUCCAAGAAGAUCUACCACGGCGAUCUCAACCCGUCCAACUUGCUCGUCAAGACGCGGCACGCCGACGCGCACCUGCACGUCAAGGUCGCCGGGUUCGGGCCAUCCACGGUGACCGCGGCCAGCCCCAGGCCGAGCCCGAGAGCGCUGGCCAAUGCAAAUGCCAAUAACGCCACUGCCGCCAAUCCCUGCAUCUGGUACGCGCCGGAGGUGCUGGAGCAGGAGGCCGCCAAGUGCAGCGAGAAGGCGGACGUGUACAGCUUCGCCAUGAUCUGCUUCGAGCUCCUGACCGGCAAGAUCCCAUUCGAGGACAACCACCUGCAGGGCGAGCACAUGAGCAAGAACAUCCGCGCCGGCGAGCGGCCGCUGUUCCCGUUACAGGCGCCCAAGUACCUGACCAACCUCACCAAGCGGUGCUGGCACGGCGACCCGGCGCAGCGGCCGGCGUUCGCGUCCAUCUGCCGCGUCCUCCGCUACGUGAAGCGGUUCCUGGUGCUGAACCCGGCGGACCCGCAGGCGCAGCCCGACGCGCAGCCGCCCGUGCCGUCGGUGGACUACCUGGAGAUCGAGGCGAACCUGCUGAGGAGGUUCCCGGCGUGGCAAACCGGGAACGCGGCGCCGCGCGUCUCCGACGUGCCGUUCCAGAUGUUCGCGUACAGGGUCGUGGAGAAGGAGAGGACCAGGGCAGCGAUCCUGCACAUCGGCAGGGACAAGGCCUCCGACUCCAGCAGCGACGGCAACUCGCUGUGCGGGGACGAGAGCGGCAGCAGCCUCGGCGCGGUGCUGUCGGACACGGAAGCGCUGUCCAUGUCGAGCCGCAGCACGGCGCGGUCGCUGUCGGACCGGAGCAGCAGCAGGGCGUCGCCGAGGAAGGUGGAUCGCAACGUCACCUCCAGGCUAGCAGGGCCGCCGCAGAAGUCCAAGUCGAUGGGGGUAGUUAGGCAGCCGCAGGUCAUCAGACGAACGCAGAGGAUCAAGUCCGACGGCAAUCUGAAUUCUGCCGUGGUACCGUCCAGCCGGCGGCGCGUUCCCGGUUCCGGCAGGGGUCACGCUUCAGACUCCGAACUAGCAUAAGCAAUGAGAAUGCAGGAUCAGCGCUGUUGUAUUUCGAUGACAUUUUUGUCUAAUAGACCAAUGAUUUUGUGACAAUCACUUCACACUUCACAGACGUCAA